GAUUCAAUUCAUUGAACCACAGACUCGUAUGAUUGAUCAGAAAAAAAAUCCACGAAAUUAUUACAAGUUACAAAACAUCCGGUCUUGUCUUAACAGUGCCAAUCAUUAUGGCUUUCAGAAAUCAGCAAAAUAAAUGAAGAUUUUCAAACAUUUGGCACGAUCACCUUGUAUUAAAUGCUGGCGAGAUGUAAGCCGCAUUAGGGAAACCUUUACUGAACGAAGACACAAAUUAAAAGGAUGGUCUUAUGUCAAUCAAGGAACAAUCGAAAAUUGUGCUUCAAAGUCUUCACUUAAAGUGACUCCUUCCCAAAUGCUUAAUGCAGGUAGAUUUACUGAUGGUGAACACUUAAUUAAAAAUGUUCAGUUUCUUCACAAUGAACUGGUUAUUCGAGUUGCUAGACGUUUGCUUGCAUUUCAUUCUUUACCUUACAUUGUUGCUGUAAAUCCUGACAUCUCAGACACAUAUGAGCUCUACAUUCGCUCUUUUAAUCUUCUAUCAGGACAACCAAAGAUCAAAGAUUUGCCUUCAGAAAGAAAGUUUAGCAAGAUGGUGAAGACAUUACUGAAUAACCAUCGACAUGUUGUGACUUCAUUGGCUCGUGGAUUUAAGGACUGUAAACAUCAAGUGCCUUACCAUACAAUUCAUUCAUUUUUGGACAAGACUUUGAAAUCUCGGCUAGGUAUGAGAAUGUUGGCUGAGCAUCAUAUUGCCCUUCGAGAAAACAAGAAUAACUUCGUGGGAAUCAUUGCAAAUGAUCUGUGUCUGAAGACUGUUAUUGAGAGAAGUGCUGAUUUUGUCAGACAAGUUUGUGAGCAUCAUUAUGGAGUCUGUCCUGAAAUUAUAAUCAAUGGUCACAAAGACGCAUCAUUUUCAUAUUUUCCUGCUCCACUUGAAUACAUCUUACAAGAAUUGUUGAAAAAUGCAAUGAGAUCAACAGUGGAAUUUCACCGCGGUGAAAGCAUGCUUAAUGUAUUUUCAAUGCCAAGUGUCCAAAUAACUAUCAGUUGUAACAAGGAGAAUUUCACCAUCAGAAUCUCAGAUCAAGGUGGUGGUAUAUCAGAUGACGACUUGAAAGAAGUAUUUAAUUAUUCAUUUUCAACAUUUAAGAAAGUUAACCAAACUACCACGAGUAUGCUAUCUGACUAUAGUCAAACAGUAAAUUCUAUGGAAACCAUUGGAAGUAUGGCAGGGUUUGGUUUUGGAUUGCCUACUUCAAGAGCCUAUGCGGAGUUUCUUGGUGGCUCACUACAACUGCAGUCUUUGUAUGGCUAUGGUACAGACGUGUACGUCAAACUGAAGAGAAUUGAGGGCGACCAAGAAGGAUUUCGUUUGUGAGAUUUUCAACAUAUUCAUUUUGAAAGACUAAUAUAUCCAUAAAUUAUUUUCCUAAA